AUGUCGAAAUUCGAACUCUUCUCCCCCGAAGGAAUGCGGGUCGACGGCCGCCGCUUCAACGAGCUGCGGUCCUUCAACUGCUCCAUCAACACCCAUCCUCACUCGUCAGACGGCUCCGCAUACAUAUCACAGGGAAACACCAAGGUUCUCUGUCUUGUACGGGGUCCCUCUGACACUUUGAUGACCUCUGCCGUCAACAGUGCCGCACCCUCUUCCUCUAACGAGCCCACCAUCUCCGUGUCCAUCAUCCAGCCGCCAUACGCCACCACAGAAAGAAAAUCCACGUCCAGAAACGACCGCCGCAUGUCCGAGCUAGCCAUAAUACUGAAAAGAGCUCUCCAACAAACCAUCGUCAAAAAAAACUAUUCCCGGACAGUGAUCGAGGUCUCGAUAACAAUCUUGCAGCUUGACGGUGGCCUGCUAGCAUCCUGCGUCAACGCGGCCUCCCUGGCCCUCAUCGACGCAGGCAUCGCCAUGUACGACUACAUUAGUGCUGUGAACGUCGCCCUCUACGACUCCUUCCCACUAUUGGACUCCAACUCCCUUGAGGAAAACGACCUAAGCUUCUUGACUGUCGGUAUCGUCGGCGACGGCGACAAAAUCAACCUACUCUUGAUGGAAGACAAAAUACCCUUGGACAAGCUACAGAAACUCAUUGACCUUGGAAUACAGGGCUGCCAUAGUGUACGGGAACUUAUGGACAAUGUGGUGAGAGAAAUAGGUGCCGAACUAGUGGCCAAAAAGCAGUAA